CCCUACCUGGGAUCUCCCUCAUUCCCCUUACCCCAUUGCACCAUCCUUGGUCACACGCCGUGCCUUUGCCAAUCGCCUCCGGAUUGUCCACCGUCCAUCUGCCUCACCUCCUUUCUCCCCGACAGACCCGGCCCCUUUUGCCAUCCCUGACCUGCUCCCUUCGUGCCCCACCCCAUCCAUAUCCACCAUGUCGCAGAUGCGCGCCUCGGACGAGAAGUCCGACGAAAAGUACGCCAGCGAUGGCACCACCCCAAAAGUUGACUUCAACGGGUACGACCCUGAGGCGACCGUAUCGGUCGGCGCCACGAAUGCAUUCGACCAGCGCAACGGAGAGGAACUCAGUCGAAAGCUCAAGGCCCGACAUAUUGCCAUGAUCUCUAUCGGUGGUGUUAUCGGGACUGGUCUUUUCCUCGGAUCAGGCGGUGCGCUCGCAAGAAGUGGGCCUCUCGCUCUCUGGCUCGGCUACAUCGCCAUGGGUACGAUUUGCUUAUCGGUAAUGCUUUCGCUCGGUGAAAUGGCCUCCUUCCUCCCCGUUCCCGGUGGGCACAUCAAGCUCGCCGCCCGCUUUGUCGACCCUUCGUUCUCGGCUGUCAUGGGUUGGAACUACUGGUAUAACUGGUCAAUUGUGCUUCCUGCUGAACUGUCUGCCGCUGCGGUGCUAAUCGGCUACUGGGCACCCGACAUGAACCCAGCGAUAUGGGUCGCCAUCCUGCUUGUUCUCGUCGUCGUCAUCAACUUCCUCGGUGCCGGUGCAUACGGUGAAGCAGAGUUCUGGUUCGCCUCAAUCAAAGUCAUCACCAUCGUCGGCCUUAUCAUCCUCUCCUUCUUGAUCGACGUUGGUGCCGUCGGCGACCGUCUCGGCUUCCGCUACUGGAUCCACCCGGGCCCGUUUAAUCAGUACAAAGGGGUUCCCGGCGCCUGGGGCCGCUUCCUCAGUUUCUGGGCUGUUCUCAUCCAGGCCGCUUUUUCCUUCAUCGGUAGCGAGAUUGUCGCCAUCGCAGCCGGUGAGGCCAAGAACCCGCGUCGCAACAUUCCCCGUGCCAUUAAGAGCGUUUACAUUCGUAUUCUUCUUUUCUACAUCGUCGGAACACUGGCCAUCUCCGUCAUUGUCCCUUACAACGAUCCGCGCCUACUAGGCGGCUCUACUGUGCGUGCGUCUCCGUUUGUCAUUGCCAUUGACAAUGCCAAGAUCAAGGUUCUGCCGCACAUCAUCAACGCCGUACUUGUCACUUCUGCUACCUCGGCCGGCUCUUCGGACUUGUACACGUCGUCGCGUGCUCUAUAUGCUCUGGCGCUCUCUGGACAGGCACCCCGUAUCUUUGCCCGCACCACCAAGUCUGGUCUACCGUACGUCUCCCUUGCCAUCGGCACCGUCUGUGCCUUCCUCUCGUUCAUGGUUGCCACGGAAAAUGCGUACACGGUGUUCAACUACUUUGCCAACCUCACCGCCGUCGCCGGUCUUAGCACCUGGGCAUGCAUCUGCUUCACUUACCUCCGCUUCCACGCCGGCAUGAAGGUCCAGGGCAUCGACCGCUCCACGCUGCCGUUCAAAUCGCCACUCCAGCCGUUCCUGGGUUGGUGGGGCCUCUGUUGGUCGAUCACGUGCAUCCUCUUCUCCGGCUUCAGUGUCUUCAUGAAGGGUCACUGGGACGGCGCCACGUUCAUCACCAACUACCUAACCGUCCCUCUUUUCCCGCUCAUCUACUUCGGUUACAAGUUCGUCACGAAGUCCAAGGUCGUUCAACUUCAUGAAAUGGACUUUGUCACUGGCGUCAAGGAAAUCGAAGCGGCCGAGGAGGAGGAGCUGCCACCGAGGAACUUUGUCGAGAAGUUCUGGCGCUCUCUCGUCUGAAGGGAGCCGCGCAGCUGGUCAUCUAGUACAUGUACGUAUACUACAUCCCUUUGGAGACAAUGCCAUGGGCUGUUUGCAUGAAGCAAUGAGCUAGUUCCUUACCGCAUCUGCGCUUGUAAGGGAGCACUGUCGUUAGUCUUGUUUUUGCUUGCAGACCAUGUCUGAUCGAAAGCCGAUCUUCCGUGAGGCAUGAGAUGGCGAUCGGGUGGGAAGGCGGGUCAAGCCCACCCGGUCAUGUCGGAAGCGUGAAGUAUCAAGAUGU